GUCGAAGUUCAUCCGGAGCCAGGUUUAGGUUAGUCCGCAGGUCCUCGGCAACGUCCCUGUCCCGGUUAUUGAUCGGAUAUCAAACAACGAAGACCCCUCAAUACCACAAAUACUAUGGAGCUCGAUUUGUCAGAAGACAAUUAUGCAUACGUGCAUGCACGACUUCAAUGACGAUAUAACCUCAAGCGUGCAUGUUGAUACCUUUUCAGUUAACCACAAGGCCAAUUUUCUCGAACCACUGUCCAUUCGAAACAGCGCUGUAGCUUCACGAAUACGAUGUCAAACAUACCAACCAAGACCCGGUCUUGGAUAUUGACCAACAAGCCCACGGGACUUGCAACCAUAUCAGGAGACAAACCGACAUUUACACUCGAGACUCGAGACUUGCCAGCUUUGCAGAAUGACCAAGUCCUAGUCAAGGCUUUGUACUACAGCAAUGAUCCCGCGCAGCGAGGCUGGAUAUCCCCCACCAUUCCUGAGGGAAGACUGUACGUCCCACCUGUUGAGGUCGGCACGGCUAUGCGUACCCGAGGUCUUGCGGAAGUCAUCGACAGCAAGUCCGACAAGGUACCCAAAGGCACAAUUGUGUCCGGAACCACUGACUGGAACGAGUACGUCGUGCUGGACGCCAGUGCAGUAACUCCUGUCCAACCGCUUCCUGGCGGACUGAGCCUGACACAUUAUCUCGGUGCCCUGGGAGGCACAGGUCUGACCGCAUACUACGGACUCGUCAAGGUUUGCGAAGCAAAGAAGGGCGAGAAGAUAGUCGUGUCCGGCGCAGCGGGCGCCACAGGUAGCAUGGUGGUGCAGAUUGCGAAGAACAUCGUUGGUGCCAGUAACGUCAUUGGCAUCGCUGGCUCGGACUCAAAAUGCCGAUGGGUUGAAAGUCUUGGUGCGGACAAAUGCCUGAACUACAAGUCGCCCUCCUUUGCCAAAGAUCUGAAGGAAGCAACCAAAGACGGCGUAGACGUUUACUUCGACAAUGUCGGUGGCGAGAUCCUUGACCUCAUGCUAGGGAACAUGUCGAUGCACGGGCGGAUUGCUGCUUGCGGAUCCAUCUCAGGAUACAACUCGGAUGACGAGCCCACGAUCUUGAAGAAUUACUUCCAAGUCAUAACGAUGAGGCUGCAACUUAGGGGAUUCAUCAUCAUCGACUACCUGCCCAAAGCCGGUGAGGCGCUGAAAUUAUUCCGAGAAGCCAUCCAGGAAGGGAAGCUGAAGGUUGGAGACGAGAAUGAGACGGUCGUGCCCACGAAGUUUGAGGACGUGCCGAAGACGUGGUUGACAUUGUUCUCAGGCGGUAACACGGGCAAGCUCGUGACCAAGCUCGAGGGAUGAUGGUGCUCCCACUUUAAACAAAAAGGGGU